CAAUCAGCAAAAUAUUACUCAGUUUGACGUGUUCAUCUUUGCAAAAACAAUUCCAGAUAUGGAUCCAAACAUGAGCAACAGCAUUUAUCUUUCUGAUGAUCAUGAGAAUGAAGAAACAAUAACCAUACUUGAUACUGGUUUGGAGGGAGAUGACAAGAUGAAGACUGUUUUGAUUUCUGAAUUCGUCAAGCAACUCGAUGGGAAUGGUUUUCACCAAGAAGAACAUGACACCGAGGAUGCCGCUCUGCUUGCUGAGCAGAUGUUAGAAGUUUCGCUUUCAGAUGAGAGCAAUGAGGUUGAAGAAACCGAUGAAGAGCUGGUGGAUCAGGAGCCAGAGGAAACCCUAUCCGGGGGCAGGCCAGAUGCUGAAACUAUAGCGGAAAUAUUUUUGGGGCAAUAUUAUGGUCUUCUCUAUGAAUCUCCAGAGCUGGUGUCCAAUUUUUACAAAGAUGAAAGUGUACUAAAAUGGCCUGGUGUUGUUGAGUCAACAACGACAAUGGAAAGUAUAAAAGAAACAAUCAUGUCCUCAGAUUACCAGGGAUGCGAGGUGCAGGUUAUGAAUGUUGAUGCCCAGUUCUCUCUGAUGGAUGGAGUGAUUAUCACUGCUAUUAGUUGUUUACUUGGGAAAGACAAGAUGAAAAAAAUCAUCUCUCAAACAUUUUUCCUUGCCAAGCAGGAAACCGGGUGGUUUAUCUUGAAUGAUAGCCUUUGCGUGAUAGAUGCACAAGAAAUUUUGCAAGCUUCGUUUGCUGGUCAUGAUGGCCUUGAUGAAAGUGGUUCAGUUGCAGCUUUGAAUGAUUCCCCCAUUCAACCGAAAUCAGAAAACGAAGUCAUGUCCAUGGAAGCUAGAGAUGGUGUUGAGGAAACCCUAGAAGUCAUUCUCCCAGCUACUGAAUUUCCAAAGUUGCCAGUUAGCAAAGCUCUGAAUAUCACCACUGCCAGUGCAUCUACUGAGAAACCUGAGGGCAAGAAAAUUUCGUAUGCAUCGAUGGUGGCAAAAGAGACAAAAGCUUCAUCUUCUGCAGAUGAUUAUGGUCAUAAAAUUGUUAGGGUGGCUCCAAGUUCCAACCAGCAUCCAGUUGCUUCUCCCAAACCGGCGAGGAUGGCUCCAAGUGCUAACCGUGGAAGCUUUCGCUCUAGAAACUUCAAAGCCCAAAAGAAAGGAGAGGUUCAUUCUAAUGCGAGCUAUCGCGAUGAUGGUGGACGUGGCUAUGAUAGGGCAAACAGGGAAUUUAGUGCAAGUUACAGUGGACGCAAGGAUGGAAGAGCUUUUGGUUACGGAGGAAAACCAUAUCCGAAGAACAACUACAAGAAAGAUAGGCAGCCACAGAAUGGAGGGGGAAAUAAUUCUGCUGCCAGCGCUUGA